UUCAAAAGCCCAUCACUUUAACCAGACCCUCCCCCUAUAAAUACCCAAACCCCUCUCUCUUUCUCUCUCCAUUCAAAAAUCAAAUUCUUCAGCCUCCACACUGCUUUCUUCAGACGCAAAAUAGAGAAAUGGCUCUUCCUAACCAACAAACUGUGGACUAUCCAAGCUUUAAGCUCGUAAUCGUUGGCGAUGGAGGCACAGGAAAAACGACGUUCGUAAAAAGGCAUCUUACAGGAGAGUUUGAGAAGAGAUAUGAGCCGACGAUUGGGGUUGAAGUUCAUCCUUUGGACUUCUUCACAAACUGUGGGAAGAUAAGGUUUUAUUGUUGGGAUACGGCUGGGCAGGAGAAGUUUGGAGGACUGAGGGAUGGUUAUUAUAUUCACGGACAAUGUGCCAUCAUAAUGUUUGAUGUAACUGCACGUUUGACCUACAAGAAUGUUCCGACUUGGCACCGGGAUUUAUGCAGGGUGUGUGAGAAUAUCCCGAUAGUUUUGUGCGGGAACAAGGUUGAUGUGAAGAAUAGGCAGGUGAAAGCAAAGCAGGUCACGUUCCACAGGAAGAAGAAUCUCCAGUACUACGAGAUUUCUGCAAAGAGCAACUAUAACUUUGAGAAGCCUUUCCUCUAUCUUGCUAGGAAGAUUUCAGGGGAUGCUAACCUUCACUUUGUUGAGUCACCUGCUCUUGCUCCUCCAGAAGUUCAAAUUGACAUGGCUGCACAACAACAGCAUGAGGCUGAAUUAAUGGCAGCUGCUGCACAGCCCCUUCCUGAUGAUGAUGAUGAUGUAUUUGAAUAGAGAAUUCUAAAUGAGGAAGCUUUCUCCCAUUCAAUUACUUUGGAGUUUGGACAGUGACCUGAAGCGUGCAGUCUUUGGGCAUUCUCUGCCAUCAACACUUUUUUUUUUUUUUUUUUUAGAUGGUGUUUUGGUGACUAAAACAUUGAGUUGUAAUAUGAUAUUAAUUUUCAAUAUUCUCACAUGUUAGAUGUUUACAUUGUCUAGUACUAGUUGACUUAAAAAACUGUUUUUUUAAAAAUAGAUUGCUCCUGCCAAGGCAA